AGGAGCGAAGCCGGGGUGGCAGCGAGGGAGGGACAGGAGCUCAGGGAGGGAGGGAGCAAGCAAGUGACGGAGAGCCGGGCGGCCGACAAGGGCAGCUCAGCAGCUGCUGCUGCUGCUGGGGACAGGAGCCCGCGGGACCGGGUUGCUCGGCGCCUCACAGUGGGGUUGUCCCCAACUUUGUGGCUGGACUUGGAGCGGGGGAGGUUGCGGGGAACCUCAGAAUGAGCCGCCAGCAGGGUAGUGUGUGGUUGGUGGUGGCGGCUUCACUCCUUCACGCAUCCCUGCAAGGCGAGUUCCAGAGGAAGCUCUAUAAGGAAUUGCUCAAGAAUUAUAACCCCUUGGAAAGACCGGUCGCCAACGACUCUCAGCCGCUCACAGUCUAUUUCUCCCUGAGCCUCCUGCAAAUCAUGGACGUGGAUGAAAAGAAUCAAGUUUUAACCACCAAUAUUUGGCUGCAGAUGUAUUGGACAGAUUACUAUUUGCAAUGGAAUAUGUCUGAAUACCCGGGGGUGAAGAAUGUUCGCUUUCCAGAUGGGCAGAUUUGGAAACCAGAUAUUCUUCUGUACAACAGUGCUGAUGAGAGAUUUGAUGCUACAUUUCAUACCAACGUUUUGGUGAAUUCUUCUGGACAUUGUCAAUACCUCCCUCCAGGCAUAUUCAAAAGCUCCUGUUACAUUGAUGUGCGCUGGUUUCCCUUUGAUGUACAACAGUGCAAACUGAAGUUUGGAUCAUGGUCCUAUGGAGGGUGGUCCCUGGACUUGCAGAUGCAAGAAGCAGAUAUUUCUGGCUACAUUUCAAAUGGAGAAUGGGAUCUAGUUGAAAUUCCUGGAAAGAGGAGUGAGCGAUUUUAUGAUUGCUGUAAAGAACCAUAUCCAGAUGUAACAUUCACCGUGACCAUGAGACGAAGGACUCUCUAUUAUGGCCUUAAUCUUCUCAUCCCGUGUGUGCUGAUAUCUGCACUGGCCUUAUUAGUGUUUUUGCUUCCUGCAGACUCUGGAGAGAAAAUCUCACUUGGAAUAACAGUUUUGCUGUCUCUCACUGUCUUCAUGCUCCUCGUGGCUGAAAUCAUGCCUGCAACAUCUGAUUCAGUGCCAUUAAUAGCUCAGUAUUUUGCCAGCACAAUGAUCAUCGUUGGUUUUUCUGUUGUGGUGACAGUCAUCGUUUUGCAGUAUCACCACCAUGAUCCUGAUGGAGGGAAAAUGCCAAAGUGGACCAGAAUCAUCCUUCUGAAUUGGUGCGCCUGGUUUCUGAGAAUGAAACGACCAGGAGAGGACAAGGUCCGCCCUGCCUGUCAGCAUAAGCAGCACCGGUGUAGCCUGACCAGCGUCGAACUCAAUGCCAUGUCUGGGCAACCGACCAGUAAUGGAAACAUGCUCUAUAUUGGCUUCCGUGGACUAGAAGGGACGCACUGUAUGCCUGCUAGUGACUCUGGGGUGAUCUGUGGGAGGAUGACUUGCUCUCCCACCGAGGAGGAGAAUAUCCUUCACAGUGGGCACACCUCAGAGGGGGACCCAGACCUGGCUAAAAUUCUGGAAGAGGUUCGCUACAUUGCCAAUCGAUUCCGUGACCAGGAUGAAGAGGAAGCUGUCUGCAAUGAAUGGAAGUUCGCAGCCUGUGUGGUGGAUCGCCUGUGCCUGAUGGCCUUUUCAGUCUUCACCAUCAUUUGCACCAUUGGGAUCUUGAUGUCAGCACCAAACUUUGUUGAGGCUGUGUCUAAAGAUUUUGCUUAACGGAGCACUGGCUUUAAGCCUGUAAUGCUUGCUAGGUAGGAAAUAUAUGGGGCAGAAUUUUGGCUUUGGUAGGACUUUGGGGUGCUAAUCCCAUAACAGCAUUGAACCCACACUGCACAGAUGCAUCAUUAUUAUCAUCAGUAUUAUUACUUGCAAUUUCUUAUCUGUAAUACAAUGAUGGUGGAGUUUCUUCUAUCAGAUAGUCGGAUGUGUAGAAUCAUAGAUCUUUAUAAGGCUAGAAGGGAUGGGAGUUUUUAGGACUGGAAGGGAUUUAGUUAUUUCAUCAUAUUCCCAGUAAAACAAUGCUUGAAGUAUCCCAGACAGCCUAAGUAAAAAUUUUAUAUUUAACGAUGGUUGAGAUUAAAGUCCCUUUGCCAGUAUUAUUGUUAAUGCAUGUGUGCAUGUCACUUGCCCCAAAGGUCUAAAACGACUAAGUGUGAACACAAGCUGGUUUGAAAAGAAAUCCAAAUUAAUUAAAUCUAAUCAAACAGCUGGCUAUUUUAAAUGAAUAAGUAGUUGUUUGAUGGAAUCCAAACUUUUCGUUUAUUUAUUUUUCCAACUCAUAGGAUCACAGAUUUAAAAACUUCAAGAGAAUUUAUGGGUUAUCUACUCCAGUCCCCUCACUUUAUUGAUCAGGGUAUUUGUGAGCAAAGUUAGGAAGUGACUUGGCCAAAGUCAUUUAAGAAAAGAGUGGCAGAACCAAAAUUUUAACCUGUUUUCUAACUUUAAACUUUAAAUCAGUGCUCUUUUCAAAUACUUUUGAAGGGGCAACUAUAUAUACAAAUUCCUUUAACUGUUUUGAAUGGCUUUUAGGCAAGGCAAAUUAGACUUGAAUUUGGAAAACCACUUGACAUUUUUCUUUUUUUUUAAAAAGACUUAUUUGAUUGUUAGCAAAAUACUAAUUCCUGGUCAAACCAAUCAAGAGAGUAAAAAAUUUGGGGGAGCAGGGCAUAAAACACAACCUGAUAGGGUCUAUAAAGCUUCUUUUACCCUCAUUAAUUUGCUCUCUUAAAAAUAAUUAUUAUUUAUUGUGUUCUUUUCUUUUAAAAAUUUUAUUAUAAAAUGUCUUCUUCCUUUUUACCCUCUCUCAUCCACCAAAAAGGCAAGCAAUAUGAUAUCAAUUCUUUUUAAAAUUUUUAUUUAUUUAAAAAACAUUUUUCCAUGUGUACUGAUUUAAUUUUCUUUCCUUUCCCUUUACCCUUCCCCUUCCCAGAUCCAAUAAAUGCUUCCACUCGGUUAUACAAAUGUUAUCACUUAUACUUAUUUCCAUAUUAUUCAUUUUUGCAAUAGAGCAAUUUUUAAAAACCAAAGCCCCAAAUCAUAUAUCCAUAUUAACAAAUGAUAAGUAAUUUGUUUUUCUUCUGUGUUUCUACUCCCACAGUUCUUUCUCUCAAUGUGGAUAGUAUUCUUUCUCAUAGGUCCCUUGGGAUUGUCUUGUAUUGGAAAAGUCCAUUGCAUUGUAUUAUUCCACAGCAUUUCACUUUCUGUGUAUAAUGUUCUCUUGGUUCUGCUCAUUUCAUUCUGCAUCAGUUUCUGGAAGUUCUUCUAGUUCAUAUAGAGAUCUUCCAGUUCAUCAUUCUUUAUAGCACAAUAAUAUUCCAUCACCAUCAUAUACCACAAUUUGUUCAGCCAUUCCCCAAUUGAGGGGCACCCCCUCAUUUUCCAAUUUUUUGCCACCAUAAAAUAUGUGGCUAUGGAUAUUUUUGUACAAACAUUUUUCAUCAUUAUAUGAUAUCAGUUCUACAUGUGAAACCAUACAAAACAUUUCCAUGCUGUCUAGAUUGCAAAAAAGCAUGAAAAAUAAAAGAAGCAAGAAAAUUAUACUUCAAUUUGCACUCUGAGUUCAUCAGUUCUCACUUUGGAGGUGGAUAGUAUUUUUCCAACAUGAGUCCUUUGGAAUUGUCUUGGCUCAUCAAUACUGAUCAGAGUAGCCAAGUCUUUCACAGCUGAUCAUCAUUACAUUGCUUUCUUUGUGCACAAUGAUUUUCCAAUUCCUCUUACUUCACUAUAUGUAAGCUCAUAUAGAUCUUGCCAUCUUUUUUCUGAAGCUCUCAUUUCUUAUAAAAUGAUAACAGUCUGUCACAAUCAUAUGCCACAACUGAUUCAGCCAUUUUCCAACUGGUGAAUAUUCCUUCAGUUCCAAUUCUUUGCCACCAUAGAAUGAGUUGCUAUAAAUAUUUUUAUACAUAUAAGUUCUUUUCAUUUUCCUUUCCUUUCCUUUUCUUUUUGAUCAGAGAGACUCACUGUAAAAUUUUUUGAUAUCAUUUAAUUGUUUUUGACACCAUUGAGCAAAAUGUAUUUCCCCUGAUUAUCUCUUUUAAUUAGGUCUAUUUUUAUGUUUGCUUUGUCUAAGAUCAUGAUUGCUAUUCCUGACUUUUUUUUAUAAAUCAACUAAAGCAUAUUAGAUUCUGCUCUAGCCUCUUAUGUGUCUCUCUGUUUUGAGUGUGUUUCUUGUGUACAAUUUGUUGUCUAAAAUUUGGGUUCUAAUCCAUUUUCCUAUCUAUUUUUAUUUAUAGGUGAAUUCAUCCCGUUCACAUUUACAGUUAUUAUUUUUGUGUACAAGUAUUCAACAUCAUGACUUUCCUCAUUGUAGUUUCAAUAUACUGCAGGUUAGCAUGAGAAAUAAGACAGGAAUUUUUGGGAAGUUUUGUGGAAGCCACAGACAACAUGAGAGAGCCAGAAAAUGACACAGAAAAAAGUUUAGAAACUCAAAAGCAUAAAAUAUGCAUGUAGGAUUAUGUGAAAUCAACAUAUUUUCUUUUAAUAUCAUAAAUAUGCACAAUGUAUUUUUAAAAGUUAGAAUAAGUAAACAAUAAGAUUUAUGAAAAGAAUAUAAAAGCCAAAAAUAUUAUGUGGAUUUUCUGGAUCACAGGAGCUCUAUGCCUCUUAUCUUGGUGAUAUGAAGGGAUACCUUUAUUUCCCUCAGUUCCAUAUUCUUCUGUUUCUUCUUCUGUUUCUCUUUUUAUUCUGUCUCUCCUCAUAGAUCUUUUUUGCUUCUAAUUACUGCCUCCCUUGAUCUACUCUCCCAUUUAUCAUCCCCCCCCCUAUUUCCCUAUUGGGCAAAUUAUAAUUCUAUAUACAAUUGAAUGUGUAAACAUAUUCUUCCCUCUUUGAACAAAUUCCAACAAGAGUGAGGUUCAAUCAUUGCCUGCCACUUCCACCUCCAUUUCCCCAUCCACUUUAAAAGCUCUUCCUUGUGUAGUCUUUUUUUUUGUGAGAAAAAUUUUACCAUUCUGUCUUUUCUUUCUUCUCCCAGGACAUCCCUGUUUCUCACCUCUUCAUUUUUUUGGGAAAUCAUUCCAAUAUAAUCAAAUCACACCCAUGCCCUCUGUCUAUGUAAACUCCUUUUAAUUGCCCUAAUGAUGAUAAGGUUUAGGAGUGACAUGUAUCAUCUUCCCAUAUAAGAAUAUAAACUAUUUAACUUUAUUGAGUCCCUUAUUAUUACUGUUUUAUGUGUACCUUUUUAUGCUUUUCUUCUUUGAAUGCAAAAUUUUCUAUUUAGCUCUGGUCUUUUCAUCAGCAAUACUUGAAAGUUCUCUAUUUCAUUAAAUAUCCAAUUUGCCCUCAGAAGGAUUAUACUCAGUUUUGUGGAGUUGCUAUUCUAGGAUGUAAUCCUAGUUCCUUUGCCUUCUGGAAUAUCAUAUUCGAAGCUCUCUGCUUGUUUAACAUGGAAGCUACUAAAUCUUGUGUGAUCUUGUCUAUGGCUCUGCAGUAUUUGAAUGAAUUUCCUGGCAACCUGUAAUAUUUGCUCCUUGACCUAGGAACUCUGGAAUUUUGCUAUCAUAUUCCUGGAAAUUAUCAUUUUGGAAUCUCCUUCCAAAGGGGAUUGGUAUAUUCCUUAAAUUUCUAUUUUACCCUUUGGAUCUAAGAUAUUAGGGCAGUCUUCCUUGAUAAUUUUUUGAAAUAUGAUUAAUUUUUGUUAUUGAUCAUGGCUUUCAGGUAGUCCAAUUACUCUUAAACAAUCUCUCCUCAAUCUAUUUUCCAGGUUAAUUUUCCCACUAAGGUAUUUCACAUUUCCCCCUAUUUUUUAUGCUUUUGACUAUGCUUAAUUAUUUAACGUCUCAGAGAAUUAUUAGCUUCCACCUGUCUAGUUCUAAUUAUUAAUAAAGUAUUAUUAAGUGAGCUUUUGCACUUCUUUUUCCAUUUGACCUAUUCUGUUUUUUUUUUUGGGGGGGGGGAGUUCUUUUCUUCAGUCAAUUUUUGUGUCUUUUUUUUUUACCAUUAUGUUACUUCUGCUUUUAUGAAUGUUAUUUUUUCAGCAUAUUUUUAUGCCUCUUUUUCAAAGCUGUUAAUUUUCUUAUCAUACUUUUCUUCCAUCAUUCUCCUUUAUUUUCCCAAUUUUUCUUCUACUAUUCAUCUCUUUAAAAAAUCAAGAAAUUCUUAUUGGGCUUGUGUCCAAUUAGCAUUUUUUUGAGGCUUUGAUUGUAGCUAUUUUCACAUUUAUAUCUUCUUCUGAGUUUGUGUUUUGGUCUUCCUUGCCACCAUAGUAGCUUUUUGUGGUCAAGUUAAUUUUUUGUUGUUGUUGUUUUUAACUCAUCCCCUACCCACUAUUUCUUAUCUUUGAACUUUAUGUUAAAGUUGGCCUCUGCUCCCCUUGAGGCAAGCUCCAUGCUUUUUGGUACUACUAUUUUCAGAGCUAGUUCUGGGAGGUGUGGUUAUUGCUUUCCUGGUCUGUGUUCUGGUCUUUACCCAGGAAAAGCCCUUGUUUCCCUGAAGUUGCAAUGCUAGUUUUCUUCUUGGAUUUGGAACUGUGAUCAGGGCCUCUACUCUCCUGUGACUGUAAGCACUAGUGCUCCUCUCCACCCUGAAAUUGUGACCUAGAACCACAUAUGGACAAUAGACUUGAUCAGAGCCAGCUGUGUAGUUCCAGAAAAGGGUCCCUUAUAGUUCUUUCUGACCAGUGGUCUUGACUGUCUUUAUCAGAGAGUUCCUGAAGCUCCAACUGAUACUACUACUGUUGCUGCAGUUAUAUGCAUGUAUGUGAGUGCUUUGGACAAACCUUCACUUGUAUUACAGACCUCUCCUGUCAACCUCCUAAGUUUUCUUAGGUCAGAAAAAUGCUCACUAUGGCAUUUUUCUGGCUCUGUCACUCCAAAGCUUUUUUUGUGAGGCGUUAUUUUAUAGUUGUUUAGAGUAGAAUUUUGAGAGUUCAUCUGGAUUUCUAUCUCUAUGCCUUCUUAACCUGUUCUCUCUUGAAGGAUUUUGUUGCUUCCAAACAUUUCUUUAUUACUUCAUCAUAUCUAGGAGUUUUAUCUGGCUUCCUCAGUGCGACAAAAGCAGAAAUCUUUUGAUCUCAUGACUUUAUGAAUACCUUCUUUUUUACUUUUAUUUUUACAGCAACUGAAAGAAUUCUAUUAUAAUUUUCUGCUCAAAUUAACUUGGUAUUGAGCAAAAGCAAUUCAGUAUAAAAUCAAUGGUCAGUGGGUAUAGCUGCAACUCAACGAACUGUCCAAGUAUUCUAAAAUAAUGCAUGAAAUGCCUCAAAAAUAUUUGAAUUGGUUGACACACAGCUCUUUAGAUAAUAUGUUGAUUCAUCCAAAAGGAGAUUGUCAAAUGAUAAUCACUCCCUCCUCCUUCUCUUUUGGUUCAGGGAGUUUCUCGAGGAAUUCACUGGGGCUGGUUCUUUUGCCAAGUGCAGUUUGUGACUCUUGCAGCACACUAAUUAUCCAGAUGAAUUGGGGACUUAAUGAUCCAACUAAAAGAGUUUUUUGGAUAACUGACUGUCAUCAGCAAGGAGGGAGUAGGCUGACUAUCCAUGGUUGGAAACUCCCCAACCAUUCUAGUUCUUGCCACUAGGCUUCAGCUUCUUUACCAAAGGGAUGAACCCAUGGAUUUAGUCUUGUGUUAAGCCUUUGGCUAAUCAGCAUUUGCACUAGGAAUGGAUGGUUUUAAGACAAUAUGAUUUUUUUCUUUUUCUUUUUCAAUGAUGACUCGAUCAUCUUUCCCCCUCUUCAAUAGUUUAUCUUUGCUUCUGUUUUUAUUAAAAUUAAAACAACUCACAAAAGAUUUUAUUUUACCCUUCAAGAAGGGCAAACUCUGCAAUAAGAGGGCUUCAGAAUUCAUAGUAAGCAGGUACAACAUGUUCUUUUUUUUCCUGAGACCUGAUGAGGUGACUGUGAGACGAGGAUGGGGUUUAUUAGCAAAACAACACUGAAGGCUGCAAAGAGUGGUGGCUAGAAGACUUGGUUCAAAUCCCAACUUUUCUAUAUAUGAUUGUGACCAAGGACAAGUCACCUAACCUCUUGAUACUCUCAGGCAACUUUUUAAGACAAAUUAUAAACUAUUGCUAAUUUUCAUUGGCAGUGAGUUUCUAUAAUGGAAGUUCCCCAAAUGAAUGAGAUUAACAACAAUAAAAAUAAAAUAAGUCAAGUGUUAUUGUUUAUAAAUUUCUGGACUUCUGGGAAUGAGAAAUUAAGUAGAUUUCCUCCCUCCUUUCUAACCUUUUCUUCUGUGUGUCUGAGUGAUAUAUACAUGUAUUCCUAUGCAUCAAGAUGAAGCCCAAAUCUUAAACAAUGCAUGUGAGUUUGUGAGAUAUGUGGGCAACAAGGAAUGUCUUGCUUUGUGCCAAGAAGUGUUAUGGAUUUAGCCAGAUAGACUUUAAAGUGAGUUAGGCCAUCCCAUGUCUCACAAUUAGGGACUAGAAUCAACUUCAUUCCUUCAAUAGGAUAUGUGUGAACAAUGUGCAAUCUUUUCUGUGUUUUACUAUUAAAGUGUCUUGAAUGUAAGGAAAAUAAGUCUUUUAAGUUAUUUGGUCUACUUUAUUUAAUAUCACGAUGCCAAAAAUUAGUUCUGGUCAUAUAUUUUUUUAACAAAUUGGUUUUAAGGAAGAAUAUUUAAAGACUGUCCAAUGGUAAAUCAUUCUUUUUUUUUUUUAAGGAUCUAAAAUGAUUAUGGCAUUUAAAAACAGGUAAUUUUGAAACUGUCCUGUCUAUAGCUAUGGGGUUUAAGAUUUCUUCACCUGUAUUUGUUCCACUUUUCUGUUUGUGAAGUGAAAAUAACUGAGUGUGUCUCAUACUUCUUGCUGCAGUAUUGCCUUUUUUAAAAAAAAUAAUAAUACUUAAAUGUAUGAUGGCUUUUUAAGACGUGUAACCGUGAAAUGUCAUUCUAGUUGAGUCUUGCAGAAAUAAAUAUUUUAGAUGAAAA